UAUAACGCUGUCAUUAUAUAUAUCGAAGAUACAGGGUGAUUCUAUUGCUAGUAGAGUAGAAAAGGAAUUCUCACAGGCUGUUUUCCUUAUUGUUCCAAACGAAAGAAUCACUCUAUAUAAGGUAGAUGACACAAUCAUCGACGCGUGGACGUUACUCUUGGUUACAAAGUAUAUCGAACGAACAUGUGUACAAUGAACAAAACCUCGUCUAAUGAUAAGUAUGACUUCCCUUUAAACGUGUAAUAAACCUAUAAUUGCUCGCGUGUAAAUUAGUGUAAAAUUUGAACAAAUGUAUUGAUUAAAUCUUCUAAAAUUUCGGAGAAUUAUUGUAACUAGUUUAUUUAAAAACUUGUAUGAAAUAUUUGUCUUUAAAUAUGAACGAAGUUGGUCCGUCCUUAGUAACAACUUAUGCUUUUAAAAAUGGUAAAGAAUAUAUUGUAAAGAUAAAAGUUACUUCCGUAAAAGGAUGUCAACGCAGUUUAGAGCUCGCUGUUACUGAUAAAUAUACCGCUGAAAGCUGGCAGUCCUCAUACGAUGCCGCAUAUAUUGAAAACUUGACACAUAAAACUGGAAAUUACAAGCAUUUCGACGUAUUUGCGGCUAUGCUCCAGUCUGGCUUGUUGAAAGUAAAAUUUGUACUUUGAAUUCAAAGUAAAAUAAAUGAAAUUAAAAAAGGUGAA